GAAUCUCACAUUGAUCAUUAACAAAUCUUGACUCAUUAUUAUUACACAUUACAUUACUUACACGUAAUAUAUAUUUUGGUAUUUGAUUUUCUUGAUAGAUAAGAAAAAUCUUGGAUUUGGCGAAGAGGCAAAUAAACUGAUAUAGUUAUUAGUAGAAAGGUUGAAAGAGUGAACAAAAAUAUCAUCGAAACCCUAAUUCCCAAAAUCACAUAAUCAAUCGAAUCGAAUUCAAUGGAGGGAAUGUUAUCUUCCAAUGAUCAACAAUCAUUGGUCUCUUCCUUCCUCGAAGUCGCUCAAGGCCAAACCGCUGACACUGCGAGACAGUUUCUUCAGGCUACGAGUUGGAAACUUGAGGAAGCUCUUCAGUUGUUCUUGAUUGGGAGUGAAACUGGGGCAGUUCCGGCGCCUGCUUCUUUCACUCCUCCUUUAGAAAAUGUUGAUGCUUGGACUGAUCAAUCUCUUUUAAGUGAACCUAGAAAGGAUACUGGGAAUCAAAGUGGUGGUGUUAAUGAUGGAGAUGAAGUGCGCCCUCCCAUACCUGUUAUAAGGGAAACUCUUUAUGAUGAUGCAAUGCUGUAUGGAGGACCAAGGCUUGGACAUCUCUCACAAGAACCAAGCUCCUUAAUUGCGUUCCGUAACUUCGAACAGGAAACGAGGCGUCCAGGGGUUUGGGAAUCAGAGCAAGGUGCCGCCUCUACAGCAGAGAGUUCUCGGGAUAAUCUUGCCUCUCUUUAUCGUCCUCCUUUUCAUCUAAUGUUCACUGGCUCUUUUGAUAAGGCAAAAAGUGCCGCUUCUGUGCAGGAUAAAUGGCUAUUGGUGAACAUACAAUCUACCAAGGAAUUCAGCUCACAUAUGCUUAAUCGGGAUACUUGGGCAAACGAUGCCGUUUCUCAGACCAUUAGUACAAACUUCAUAUUUUGGCAGGUAUAUGAUGAUACAACUGAAGGCAGAAAAGUCUGCACUUAUUACAGACUGAAUUCAAUUCCUGUUGUGCUUAUUAUUGAUCCCAUCACUGGCCAAAAGAUGCGCUCCUGGAGCGGAAUGGUUCAACCUGAAAGCUUAUUAGAAGGUCUGCUAACAUUCCUUGAUGUCGGUCCUAAGGAUCACCACAGUACCUUGUCUCACAAGCGUCCUAGAGGAAGUUCUAGCCCACCUAAAACUAAAGCUAUUGUAGAUUCAGAUGCGAGUAAAGAGGAGGAUGAGGAAGUUCAAAGAGCGCUAGCAGCUUCAUUGGAAAACAUGAAAGAAUUAAGUGCAAUUGCUGGAGGAGAUAAUAAAGAUGCUAAUGUUGCCGGCAAGUUGCAAGAAACAGCCUUGUCAAAGAGGCCUGUUUAUCCAACCCUGCCUGAAGAACCUAAGGCUGAAAGAAAUCUCUUAUGCAGAGUUGGUUUGCGGCUUCCGGAUGGACGCCGUGUUCAGCGAAACUUCUUACGCUCCGAUCCAAUUCAGCUGCUGUGGUCAUUCAUUGCUGUUCAGCUAGGUGAAGAUGAGACAAAAGCAUUUAAAUUAACUCAUGCAAUUCCUGGAGCAUCUAAAAACCUGGACUAUGAAAGUAAUUCGACAUUCGAUGAAUCAGGCCUUGCCAACUCUAUGAUUUCAGUGACUUGGGAAUGAGUUCAGAUUCAUUGCAUGAGUUUUAAUUUUAGACUCAAGAAUGUGGGUUUGGUGAUAUAUGAUCAUGUUUUUCAUCUUUUGACACGAGGCUGGUUUUGUGCUGAAGGAAAGGAGAUGGUUUAUUUGAACUUUGUGUAUAAACUAUGAAUCUAACUAAAUUAUGCGUAAAAUCAAUGGAAAUAUAUCAAUUUCGUUGGUACUCUCA